AUGUGCUGGUGUCACCGCGUGGCCGUGGAGAACACACAGUGGCUGGUCCCGUGUUCCGGGAGGCGCAUCGGGGUCACGCUGCCCGUCGGUGCUGUUCGCGGGGUGGGAGCCGUGAUGGGGAGAGGAGGGGAUGCUGGGAGCAGUAGAUAUAAAAGACUGGUUACCAGGCUGAAAGCUAGAUUGCCACUUCCAACCCACAAUUUGUCAAUCCACCAUACGCUGAAGACUGUAAUCUUCCAGUCAGCGCUUUACGAGCAAGGUCAGACAGAAAGGAGGUUCCGUAAAAAAUCGCUGAGGCCUUGGCCGGCGAGUCAAGUGCGGCCCAGUGGCCAUCUUCUGAGACUAGACCAUGUCCAGACAAUUAAGAGGGCGUGGGAGAAGGCCAUCCUAGGUUCUGAGCCGUUUAGUCAUCCUGCCUGA